GUACGUUCGUGAAUAUUUUUUCAGUUCCAGUUUGCUCGUUUUUGGUUUAAACACUAAUUAAACAAAUACUUUUUGCCCAUGCAAGGUGUCUUUAGUGUUGAAGAUUCGCAUGAUUCUAUAACAAUAUGCCCUCGCCAUCGUGACCAGUUUGGUCUUCGUUGGAGAUGCGGGAAAGUAAACUGUGCAUUACCAAGAGAAGUAGCUUGGCACAAAUCGAACAGAGCAAAGGGAGAUCGAUGUAUCAACAGCAGUCAAUCACAGUAUCUGAUAACCAGCACGCAACAAUUAAUUCCAGUUGGAUCCCGUAGGUUCGCCCACAUUCGAAUGAUUUGCUGUCAAUUACUGAAACGUUUUGAACUACUCUAGCGGCAAAAAUGAUACCGGAAAAAUUUUCGCGCAAAUAAUUACAGUAUUGACGGAUUUAUUUUAAGAAAAAACUUGCAUAUAAAUUUUUCCCGGGUGACAUUGCUGUAUUCUGUAAAGUUUCUGUCAUCAAAGCAAAUAUUCGUUAAUUACUGAAAUACGCAACGUAUGGCAGAGACGGUAUAGUGGGAAAGCUUUUGUAUUUUGAUUGUAAAAAGCCGUUCACACAAAGAAUGCCGGCAUAUUAUACUGUAGUAGAUGGGGAAACCCCCAAAAAACGGUACCAGUAUCUUACACACGAGAGAUUCUCCAGCAAAAUGGAGGCGAUGUCUGUUUUGAGGACCGUUCAUUAUUAAUUAAUACAGGAGGGGGGGGGGGGCUGGUAAGGAUCUGGAAAAAGCAAUAGUAAAAUAUGCAUCCCCCUCUGCCAGACGAAGGAAAACAUAAAGCCCCCUCGACUACGGUUUGAAAUAUUUACAUUCCCCCUCUUUCUUUUCUUUACCACAAAUUAAUAUUUUACGUUUUCCAUAUCAAAAGGCUGAAGAAUAUAAGAUAUGAAUUGAAUAUUCUUUGGCAUGUAUUGGUCAUACUGUAUACUAAAAGAAUAAGACUAAGAAUAAUUACGAUCUCAACUCUUAUGCCACUCAUAGAUUAUGUCCAGUGGCGUAGCCAGCUUGACGAUUCCGCUCAGUGAUUCCGUCCCGCUCAACCUCGUACCCAGGCUCUUACCUUCGCUCGCCCUGGGCACGAGGUUGCAGUCCCUCUAUGCAAAUACUGCCAUGUUUAUAAACUAUCAACAGUUUAUAAUCUAUGAAACAUGUUUACAAACUAUUAUGUUUAUAAACUAUGAAACAGUUGAGUUCUAAAUAAAAUUUGAUAUUUAUUUGUAAUUUAAAAAGUGGCCAUUACUCUGAUAGCACUAUUUAACAAGCAGCAAUGUGUCUUGGUGCACCCUACUUUGUUUAUUUUACCGGCUCGGUCUAUAAUCAACUCCAGGUGAUUUUCCUUGAGAGGGGGAAACCAUUGCACCUCAUGGGUAAAUGAAAACUAUUUUAUUACAGCUGUUUUUCGUAAGUUACAUGAGACCCCUCCAUCCGAUUAAAAAAUUCUUACAUCCCCCUAAAAUAUUUCCUUAGAAGUGUCUGACCCCCCCUCCCCACACAUUUCAUACUAGCCCCCCCCCCCCUGUAUUAACAAUGAACGGUCCCUUAGCUCUUUUUCAAGUCUCGUAGAAUACAGUAAAACUGCAAUAUAGUCAAAUUAUGCGAUUAUUCAUAUAUAAAUUAUAUUUGAAACAUCAUUAAAUGACGUCAUAUAUGACGUCAAGGUUUACAAAAAUGUGCAAAUUUCAUGAUUUCACAGCUCUCUAAGCUUGAAACUUCUCAUUGAUAUAUAGAACAAACAAGUGCGCAUAAAUUUAAGCAAUACAUCAAAGGACCGCGUUGCUAGGAAAAUUGAAUCAUUAUAGCCCUGCAUCACAAGAACUCUUAAGAUUUGGUAAAAUUUUCUAAUAUUUAAUUUGACUGAAGAAAACCAAGAAACAAUGAAACGAAACUUGUAAUUGAUGAAGGCAAUGAUGUUGGUUGUUUUUAAAUAUUAUUUUGCUGUUUUAGCUAUUUGUACGACAUGCAAAAAGAAUCUUGACGAAGAAAUCAAGCAAAAAAAGUUAUCUUUACCUGAUCCUUUCGUAAAAGAAAAAAAAGUCGCCAAACAAGAAUUAGCGUUAGAUCCAUUUGGCCCUGCUUUGCCUGAAACAACAGUUGAACGGGUACAUAUUAUAUGCAUGAAGAGAAUGUAUAUGGCUGGGGUGAUUGAAAGCGUUCGACGACUAUGAAGGUGUUCGCAAUAAGAGGCUUUCGAUAGUUUUGUUUAUAAUUAUUUAAUUUGUUUUCAGGUGGACGACAAGUCAUCUCCUCCAGAAGAAGAAAGCUUCAGUUUCCUUGACGAAAUAACAAAAUCCCUGGGCCUUCUGGAUGUGAAUGACUCACUCUUUUCACCAGAUGAAGGUAUUGCAACAUCCCUAUCAACUCAAAGUGACGAGCCGACUCCAUACUCAAACGCGAAACACGAGAAGCUUAAUGAAUUUCUUUUUUCUUGCGGAAUUGAGCCAUUAGAAAGACGGUGGUUGAAGUGGAACGAAACGAGCGACAGGACCAAACAGCGUUAUAUCAAGAAAUCCUCAGACAUUAUAUCGACCGUCCUACAGACUAUAUCCACUGAUAACGCAGGCUUCAUUUGGCAAGAAUUAAUAUCUUCUCCUGCUAUGAGCACGAAAUUUGGAAUCGACCUGUUGUCUCUUUUAGAAAAGAGUUACCUUGAAGCGCUCGCUGAAUCAUACUAUAAUGCCAAGAGCUGGGAGACUCGAAGACAAAUAUUGUCCAUCAUGUCUGGCGUAGCUAACUAUAACCACAUUGUUAAAUUUAUACCCGGUUUAACCAGGUACCGUUAUUCGGUAGCUAACUUGCACCGCCUCCAGUUUGGUCGAGGAGCACCAGUAGAACACCAACCUUUGACUCGUAUUAAAGUAGACAUAAAGCAGCUUGAUCACUUUCUUGGUUUCAUCACCAGCCCACAUUUAAUCGAAGAUCUUCCUUUUGGCAAUAACAAGUUAAAGCUUUCGAAUGGUCAGACAAUAGCUAUAGAGGUACCCAAUGUCAUCCGCACUUUCAUUCCAGAAAGAAUAGCUCGGCAAUAUACUCAGUAUUGUAAAGACACUGGGUUUACUCCAUUCAGUAAAAGCACAAUGCUGAGAGUUUUAUCUGAAUGUAGUGCCACAGUAAGGAAGUCGCUACAAGGUCUAGACUACUACGCAGCGGAAGGAGCACAAACCUUUGACAACUUGAUCCAGAUUGUACAUCAAAUGGGUGAAUUGAUUUGUAAUUCCACCUGGUAAAAUACAAUGGUUGAAUCUUUAAAGACUUCAAAGCUCUAUUUAAAAGGAGAUUACAAGGUGGGUUUUGUAGGAGAGAUGUUGGAACAACUUAGUCGAUUGUGCUAAUAAUUAUUUAUACUUUUGAAAUUUAGGUUCACAUUAAAGAGUCAUCCGAUAUAGCUGAGCACUGUAUUGUUUAUUCCAUGAGUGAUGGCAAAGAUAAAGACUACAGGAAGAAGUGUGGCCAUCUACAUGGCAUCGUUUGCGAGAAUUGUCACGUAUUAGCUAGUACUCUUACUGACAUACAGACGAAGGCCACUACAGCCAAUUUUGCUACCACUGAUGAUCGCGAUGAAGUAGCGUAUAUGAUCAACUUCUCCAAACUUGCGAUUGAGUCUUGGCAAUGUCAUAUUAUAAGGUGUGUAAAUCAAGAUCAGGCGCGAAUUGACGUCCUACAGCUUUUGGAUAAUGACACUAUUCUGGUAAUAAACGACUGGGCUAUGAAAAUCAUACCACAGAAGUAUCGCAAAUCGCAGGCAGAUUGGUAUGGUAAACGUGGUAUUUCGUGGCAUAUUUCAGUAGUUUAUUACCGGAUCAACAAGGCGACACACUGGCAAGCAUUCAUCCAUAUCAUACAAAGCUGCAGCCAAGAUAGCUAUGUCGUUGUUGCAAUCAUGCAAGAUGUACUAGCCACUUUGAAGAGUGAAUGUCCGCAGAUAAAUAAUGUCUACUUCCGUCAGGAUAAUGCAGGUUGCUACCACUCGGCACACACCAUUCUUAGCUGUCCAGCAGAUUAG